AGCGAAGGGGUUAGAAAAGCAGAGGCCUUGGAUCCUGAAGCCACACCAGUUCUUAGGGCCCUGCUACUGCUCAGUUCUCAACUGGGCAUAUAGUGAUAUGGGCGGGGCCUCCUCAGGCCCAGCUCCAGUUUCCAUGGAAACCCACAGGCUUCCCACCCAGCCGCUGCCUGGGCAGACACCCAACCUGGGCCUCAUCCACCACCAGUUUCUCUAGGGACCUUAGGCCUUUCCAGACCCAGCUUCUCUGGGUCCCCUCUGCAUCGGCACCCCUUUUCUGAAGGUCAGGCCUUCUUUAGGGAGCUGGGCCUCUUUUCUCCUAAAAUUUAGCUCCUCAGCAAACAGACAUCCACAGCUCCUGCCCUCCCUCUCAGGCUUCUCUGGCCUCAUGUGCUUUUGGCCUGGCUGGGCCUCCUAGGCCGAUCCACCCUCUGACCUGCUGCCUAUCCCACAUAUGGAGAACCCAGGAUUGGUGCUGCAUGGGCAGAGUGCACCCUUUUCCACAGCACUUCGAAGCCUUGUCAACAACCCCCUGUACAGUGAUGUUUGCUUUGUGGUUGGUCGAGAACGCCAAGAGGUAUUUGCCCACCGGUGCUUGUUGGCUUGUAGAUGCAAGUACUUCCAGAGACUUCUGGGCCCCGGGGUACCUAGUCCCGUGGUGCUGAGCACUGUGCCGGCCGAGGCCUUCUUAGCCGUGCUGGAAUUCCUGUAUACCAACAGCGUCAAGCUGCACCGACACUCUGUGCUGGAGGUGCUGACGGCAGCUGUGGAAUACGGACUGGAGGAACUCAGAGAGCUAUGCCUGGAGUUUGUGGUGAAGGUGCUGGAUGUGGAGCUGGUUUGUGAGGCUCUGCAGGCGGCUGUAACCUUUGGCCUGGGGCCACUGCAGGAGCGGUGCAUAGCCUUCAUAGAGGCUCACAGCCAGGAGGCGCUCCGCACCCGCGGCUUCCUGGAACUGUCCGCCACCGCCAUGCUGCCCGUGUUACGCAGUGACAAGCUCUGCGUGGACGAGGCUGAGUUGGUCCAGGCAGCCCGAAGCUGGGCGCGCGUGGGCGCCGCUGUGUUGGAGCAACCAGUGGCCGAGGUGGCGGCUCCAGUGGUUCGAGAGCUGAGGCUGGCUUUGCUGGCCCCGGCGGAGCUAAGCGCACUAGAAGAGGAGAACCGGCGGGAGCCGCUCAUCCCGGUUGAGCAAAUUGUGGAGGCAUGGAAGUGCCACGCUCUACGGAGAGGGGAUGCGGCCCGAGGCGCACCAUGCCGCCGGCGGAGGGGCACCGUGCCCCGGGAUCACCACCGCUUUCUCGACCUUCGUUUCAAAUGACUCACUUCCGGACUUUGCGAGGAUUUUGACCACGCCCUCCCAAACAAACUACAACUCCCGAGGUGCUCUGCGCUGGAGGCGGGCUUUCGCUUCCAGCAAGCCUAGCGGGCCGGAUGCCGGAAGAGCCAGGCUCCGCCGAGAAUUAGCGGCGGGACAGUGGGCCUACGGUUGGGGCUGGGCGCCCCGGAACCGGAAGCGAGGGUGGCCUUUGUUUCAGGAGCUCCCUCCGCCUCAGCCGGUCGUUCCUCUGGAGCUUCCUGGCUCCAGUCUCACUGCAGUUUCGAGCCUCUCACCUUCUCAGCCCCGGAAAUUAGUGUUUCUCGUUUCUGCGGGUCAGGAACCAGGACCUCAUUCUUGCCUACUUCAUGCUUUUUCUCCCUUUUUUUGUGUUUUUCUCUGUGUAGCCUUGGCUGUCCUGAAACAGGCUGGCCUUGAACUCACGGAGAUCCGUCUGUCUCUGCCUCCCAAAGUGCUGGAACUAUAGGCGUGUUCCACGGCGCCCGGCUGCUGCUUCUCCCUUCUAAUACUACUUUCGAGCUGGUUUAGUCUGCAGCCUAUCUUCUGACACAUUUUGGGGUCGUACCCCAGCCAGUGCCCCUCACUCUUUUUCAAAUCAGUGCACAAUGCAUCGCUGUGAUUGUCAAGCUUUUUCUCCUGAGUCCUUCAACAUACUUAACAGGACAUUCUAAGGUUCCUAGGUAUUUAGCAAUCUUCAACUCUGUGUUUGGGAAUUCCAGAAUUACUUUUUUGGGGUGUUUUGGGUGGGGGGUGUUGGGGCAGUUUGUCACUGUGUAACCUCAGCUGGUGUAGAAAUACGUAGGAUAGGCGAGCAUUGAACUCACAGAGCUCGGACCGCCUCUUCCUCUCUGAUACAGAGAUUAAAGACAUAUACUAUCACUCCCAGCUAAAUUAAAAACAAAAGAAGCGGGGGUGGGAGAGGUGGUGCGAACCUUUAAUCCCAGCACCAGGGAAGCAGAGAAAGGCAGAUCCAGGGUACUAGCCUGGGUCUACAGAGCAAGGCCCAGGACAGCCAAGGCUGCACAGGCUGUCCUGACUUACUGUGCUGAGACCGUUGUCUUAGCACCUCUGCCUUCAGUAGCUGGACCUACUGUAGUAUAAUACAUAAGUUAUGUAUUAUAAGCUAUAUCUAUAGUAUAGGCUGUUGCCUCCUUACUCAGCAAAUGAUUAUUAUUAUUAUUAUUGGUUUUUGGAGAAAAAAACCGCUACCACCCAGAUCUCAGUAAAUAAUUUUAAGGGAGUUGUAAGGCAAAGAUCUAAAAAUGAGGGACAGUGGACAAUUUAAUAGGAAAUAAAAUUAUAAUUCUGUUGUUUAUGAAUUACAGGUUGAAAAAACAGCUCCCCAGUGGGACCGCUCCUGGUACCCUGGUUUGGCUAGGGUACGCUGAAGGGGAUCUGCUGCUUGCCUGCCUGUACUUCUCUUACUUUUGGUUACCUUAUUGUACACAGCUUUAGAGGCUGUAUACUAACCCUGUGCUUCCAUUAGCUCUGCCAGAGCGCUGCGAAGAAAAUGGCUUUCUAGCUGGUGUGGUGGCACACGCCUGUAAUCCAGGCACUCAGGGAGGCAGAGGCAGGUGGAUCACUGUAAGGCCAGCCAGGACAGCCAAGGCUUCAGAACCCUGUCUGGAAAAACCAGAAAAGAAUAGUAAUAAUAAUAAUAAUAAUAAGGCUUUCUAAAUUGUCUUCAGGAACUUGGAUAUCGUUCAAAUUGCUCAAAACCACCAAUCCUUUACUUGAGGACAGAAAACUUUUUUUCUUUCAUUCAGGCUAACGUUGCUAUCUUUGUGCUCCACAAAGCAGGAAUCGGAUGGUGGCAUGGACCUAUAAAUGUAAGGACAUGGGCAUGGGAGGGUCAGCAGUUUGAGUCCGGUCUAGGUUGCUUUCAUGGUAAGACCUGUUUCAAAAUAAAUAAAUAAAUAAACUGGGCAUGGUGUUACGAA